AUGUUUCAAAGUUUUGUACAAUAUACAAGAAGAAUUUUCAAACGUAUCAGGGAUGCUGGUAGUCAUUGCUUUAGUAGCAUGAAACAAUCCACGCGUAAUCAAGAACCAUCUUCUGAAACGCUUAGCACCACCGUCUCGUAUAUUUCUCAACAGCAACACAAUAGUUUAGAGAAACAGACAUCAGAGAUAGUGAACGCUGAAGAUAAGCAUGACAUGGAGGAAAAUAAAUCGAUUGGUAGGCAAUCAGUGAAGGGAGGCAUAAAUCGAUCAGAAACACGAACAAGUCGUACAAUCACACCGACAAGUAGAAAAUCAACUGAUAUCAUGAAGGUGAAUAAUGCGUUAAAAAUUAUGCCAUCCCGUAGUGUUGAUAAAACUGACGAAUUAACAACUUCUAGACGGUCAGUCCAGAGUGAACCAAAAGAGGAAACUCCACAGGUCACAACAGACGUUCCUAUCCCUAUGAAAGAUGAAGAACAAGAACAAGCUGAAGGUGAUCCUAUUUCUUUGAAAGAACUGUCAGUAGAGAAACCUAUGCAGCUAAAUGUAACUCUUCAGUCGGAAUUACCACCUUCUCAUGUACAAACUGCUGGUGAACAGUUGCAUAGCGACAGUGAAAUGAAAAAAUUGACUGGAGAUUCUGAAGUGAGAAUUACCGAUGAAUGUGCGAAUGUAGUAACUGCUGUCUCUCCUGAGAAGAAAGAAGACACAGUUGCACCAAAUAAUCAGAUUCCCACUCCAUUGUAUCACACUCCGAGAAAUACUGUAGACAAUUUAAAAUCUCCAGUAGUCAAUGAGUUAUCUGAAAACAUUAAAGCGCAGACUCCUGCUGAUGUGGUUAAUAAGUGUCUGACAAAGCUUGACGAAACACCGAAUAUAACCAUCGAUCACUACACAUACAAAGAAAUCCGGUGUAAAACAGAUAAAGGCGUCGUGACAAAUAGGAAACAAAGCGCGCAGACAAGAGAUAAUACACUCCUAGACGAGAAAGAUGAUUACCCGGAUACUAGCACAACCUCUAGUUCCCUGUCUUGUAAACGUAUCAAACCUAUUCGGUGCAAAAAGAAGCCUUAUAAUAAUAGCCUUAAGAAGGUUAUCACAACUCGACGUCAACCGAAAAGUAAACCUGGUGUUUAUUUGCACUGUCGUCGUAAAAAUGUACCACAACGCUCAGGUGCAAUCUGUCAACUAUUGUCACCACAUGCAACAGGUAUAAAUCCUGGUGGAUUAACGCGAAUGAGAAAUAGUCAAAUCAAUAAAUUAUUAGAAAAUGCUAAUUUGAUUAUUGAGAUAUUGACAGAUCAUUUUGCAUGGGAAUUGGCUGUGGCAAUUGUUCAACAGUAUCACGAUUUACAAGAGCGUAAGCUCUAUUCAACGACAUCAGAUUAUACUUCAACUCAGUGCUGUAUACACUGUGUACCGUCGUCUGGAUUAGAAAAUUAG